AUGCGCAUCUCAUCUCUACACGCUCUCGUACUGACCGCGGUGCUUGCGGGCGCACCAAGCGCCUACGCCUGGGGCGCAGCCGGCCACGAAAUCGUCGCGACCAUAGCGCAGAUCCACCUCCCCAAGCCCGUCCUCCAAACCGUCUGCGACAUCCUCAAUCCCUUCCUCGACGACGACACCACCGCCUCCCCGUUCCAGCCCCCCACGUCGUCCUGCCCGAACCCGCGCUCCGCGUCCGCCGACGCCGACGCCGACGCCUCGUACCCCCCGUGCCACCUCGCCUCCAUCGCCGCCUGGGCCGAUCAGGUGCGCUCGAAGCCCCAGUACCGCUACACCGCGCCGCUGCACUACGUCAACGCGGUCGACGACGCGCCCGCGGACGCGUGCGCGUUCCCCGGCCCGCACGGGUGGCAGGGCCGGCCGACGGGGAACGUGCUCGCCGCGCUCGGCAACGUCACGCGCGUCCUGCGCGGCUUCGCGGCGGGCGAGCAGGGCGCGGGCGCCGCGGACGAGGCGCUGCGCUUCCUCGUGCACUGGGUGGGCGACAUGCACCAGCCGCUGCACAUGAGCGGGCGCGAGAAGGGCGGGAACGGCGCGCGCGUGCAGUGGAACGGGCGCGUCACCAACCUCCACAGCGUGUGGGACGGGCUGCUCAUCGCGCAGUCCAUCCGCCAGACGCCGCGCAACUACUCGCGCCCGCUCGCGGGGCCCGCGGGGGCGCUCGUCGAGGCGCACCUCCGCGGCGCGAUCUACGACCCGUUCGUGCGGCGGAUCAUGCACGAGGGCCUCGCCGUCGGGGGCCGGUUCGACGGCGAGAGCGACGGGUGGCUCGACUGCCCCGAGCCGUCUGCGGGCGUGCAGCCGCUGGAGCAGGGGUACGGGUGGCAGGCGCGCCUGCAGGCGUUGCGCGCGCUGGACUACAGGGCGGCGCUGGGGCUGACGACGCCGGCGGGGGCGGAGGCGCGGUGGGACGACGGGACGCUGUGUCCGUACGCGUGGGCGCGGCCGAUCCACGCGCUGAACUGCGAGCUGCCGGUGUGGCCGCACGAGCUGGACGAGGGCGGGCACCGCGAGGCGUCCGGUGCUGAGCGGGGAGAAGAGCCGCGGCGGCACCCCGAGCUGGUCGAGCUGGACACGGCGGGGUACGCGGGGAAGAUCGCGGAGGGGUGGGUCGUGGAGCGGUUGCUGGCGAUGGCGGGGGUGCGGCUGGCGGGGGUGCUCACGGAUGUCUUC